GCACCGCCGGGGAGGGGGCGGCGGGCUCGCCCCGGGACGGGCCGGGCCGGGGCCCGGGGGGAGAGCUGCCGUCGGGGCGGGAGGAGGAGGAGGGGCCCCGGCGGCGGCGGGCAGAGGCGCGCAUGGAGCGGCCGGGGAGCAACGGGAGCUGCCCGGGCUGCCGGCUGGAGGGGGGCCCGGCGGCGGGAGCCGCCACCGGGCUGGCGGCCGUGCUGAUCUUCACCAUCGUGGUGGACGUGCUGGGCAACGCGCUGGUCAUCCUGUCCGUGCUGCGGAACAAGAAGCUCCGCAACGCCGUGAGAAUUUUGCUGAUUUUCACUUGUGCUCCCCUGUCAAACAUUUUCAGUUGUCAAAAUGGUGAGCAUAAGCUUUGGAAGGUUAAACAGAGAGUAUUAGAUUAUGGCAACAUCUUUGUGGUCAGCCUGUCCGUCGCAGACCUCGUGGUUGCAGUUUAUCCCUACCCUCUGAUCCUAAGUGCCAUCUUCCACAACGGGUGGACCAUGGGGAACGUCCACUGCCAGAUAAGCGGGUUCCUGAUGGGCCUGAGCGUCAUCGGGUCCAUUUUCAACAUCACGGCCAUCGCCAUCAACCGCUACUGCUACAUCUGCCACAGCCUGCGGUACGACAAGCUCUUCAACCUCAAGAACACCUGCUGCUACCUCUGCCUCACCUGGGUGCUCACGGUGGUGGCAAUCGUGCCAAAUUUCUUCGUGGGCUCCUUGCAGUACGACCCGCGGAUUUACUCGUGCACCUUCGCGCAGACGGUGAGCACGUCCUACACCAUCACCGUGGUGGUGGUGCACUUCAUCGUGCCCCUCUCCGUCGUGACAUUCUGCUACCUGAGGAUUUGGAUUCUGGUGAUUCAGGUCAAGCACCGUGUGAGGCAGGACUGCAAGCAGAAACUCAGGGCAGCUGACAUCCGAAACUUCUUGACCAUGUUUGUGGUUUUCGUCCUUUUUGCCGUGUGCUGGGGACCAUUAAACUUUAUUGGCCUUGCUGUUUCAAUUAAUCCUUCAAAAGUGCAGCCACACAUUCCAGAGUGGCUUUUUGUCCUGAGCUAUUUUAUGGCCUAUUUUAACAGCUGCCUCAAUGCUGUGAUCUACGGCCUUCUUAACCAGAAUUUUCGAAAGGAAUACAAAAGGAUAUUGCUGACACUGUGGACUCCCAGGCUGCUGUUCAUUGAUGUGUCCAAGGGUGGGACAGAAGGGAUGAAAAGCAAGCAUUCUCCAGCCAUAACAACCAACAACAACCACGCUGAAAUACACCUAUGAGUCAGGACAGUGCUAUUUAUUCUGGAUUACAGUUGUAUAUAUAAUAUAUAAGAGCCUUUGUGGCUGUGUGCAUUACACAGCUGGUGUUGCCCUCAUGCAAGGAAGGGGUGUACAACCUUUCAUGCUUAGCUUAUCGCUGCAACAUCAAGGCUUUGAGUAAGGAUUUUCAGAGUGGAAUUGACUGAAUUUUUUUCUUUUUAUUUUUUAUAUGUCAUCUUUCACUGUGUGCCUAAUUAAUCGGUUUGGUUGCUUUUGCCACGAGCAUGCCAAUACUCGAAAAGGGAAGCGUUCAGAGUGCAUGGAGAAAUGCAGUUAUGCUUGAAAUGCAACCUUCAAGAGACAGCAAAAUUGCCAUUUAUUACACACAAACCUUUCUCCCCUCCCUCUGAAUUCUAUUUUUCUAGCAUUAACUUAACCCAGACUGUAUCAAACAAAGUGUAAACUGCAUGGCUUUUUACAUUUUAGAUAGGUAACCGUAUUAGCCAGCAGGUGUAGUAUGUAUGGACAUGGUGUGUGUUUUCCUUUUUCUUUCCUCUUAAGAUUUAGGACCUGCCUGGGCGAGAUGUGAGGCAGGCAGAAGCCAGACCAGUGUGUGUCUGAUGCACUCAUUUUAAUUGAGUAUCUACAGACAUUAAGUACCCUUGCACUCUCCUUCCCAGGCCAUGAGUAAGUAUAUGACAUAUGACAUAAUCUAAUUGCAGUAAGAUACUUGGAGCCUGAUUCUAAUUUAGGCAGUAUCCUGCCAUGGCCAGGAGUCAUUCCAAACAUCUUUCAAAAGCCACUGCCACAUGAACAUCACAACAAAAGAGAUGAACAUAGCAGAGUCCCAUCUGUGUAAGGCAGAUUGCGACUUUUAAGUUCCAGUAACAUUUACACUUGCAGACAAAAGCAGAAGGGGAAGGCAGUGUUUGUUCCAAAAAAUCCCUCCUUUUCCCCAUCACAGAACAUAAAUUUGCUGACAGGAGAAAAAGUGGAGAUUUUUUUUUCCCCAUUUUAUUCACGUGCAGAACUGUAAUUAACUCGUGGGGAGACGAAAGCUAUUUAAGCAUUAAUUAUGCAUCAGUCCUGUUUAAGCCUGAGCUGUGCUAUCUGUAUAAUUAGAAACAAUGUCCUGAAGUGCUGGGGAGGCCAGUAUCACAUUAGACAUAAGCACAUGGGCAAAGAUAAGGCUGUUUCUUUAAUGGAGUAUGAAAGGUGUGUGUGUGUGUGACGACAGCUGUCUGUAGAUAUAAAUUCUUUGUUUCCUUUGCUUCAUUGUGAAUUCAUCUCUUUAUGGCUUUAAAUACGUGCGUCCUGCUUUGAAACCAUCCCAUAAAAUCGACAGGUAAGAGUCCCCUGGUGCAGCUCUGCCCUCAGGUGAGCACACCUGCCUUGAUGCCGGGUGGCACAGCAGGGAGAGGGACAGGUCUGAGCCUGGGGAUCCAACGAGGACAGCAGGCAGCCCUGCCCCUGGUCAGGGACUGCAGCCUCCUCUCUCUGGUUCCAGUCAGAGCAGGACUGGUUCCCAGCACUGAGCCCUGAAGGAACGAGACCAGACUUUGUAGGCGCCUGGAGAUUGCAGGAUUCCCCAAAGCCUGAGCAGGCUGCGUGCCUAAUCCUUAGGGAAGAUAAAAGCCAUUUGUGCACUGCUUUCUGAAACAAACUCGCUGCUGGAUGUCCCUUCUGCUGAUUUUUUUGGGGGAAGAGGAAUUGAGAGAAGUCAAGUCUCUGUCUGAAGGAGCUUUGCAUGCUGUGUUGCCUCCACGAGGACUGAGUGUCUCUGCUGCUGCUGCUGCCAUGUGGUGAAGGUCACUGCAGUGGCAGGGGGCCCUGCAUUUAUAGGGUGCCCUGGCACUUAGGAAGUUUCAAACUUGAACAUCUCAGCCACUUCAGAUGAAUGUUGUUUUAAAAUGCACUGCAGCCAGCCUCCCAUAAUAGGAAUCAAACUGAGUUCUGUUUUGGCCUCUUGAUCUGCCUCAGCAUGGCCAAAUAAAGGUAUUUUGACCCUCAGAAAUAACUGUUGUCUGUUCGCCUUCCAGAAAAACCACCCUGGAUGAAUUCACACCAUUCCAUGCAAGCAAAAUCAUUUUGAGUUAAACUGGGAUAAGAAAAGCACUGAGGGCACAUAACUGCAGGGAGUGUUUGUCCCAUCACGCCAGGGAGAUGUCCUGUGUUCCAUGACUAGUCUUCAAAGUCAUUUGCAAUUAGCCACAACAGUGUUAGUUAGAAUCACAUUAGCAAAUAAUUUGAAGCAUCUAGUGCCAAAUGAAAUACACUGCUUUGAGACAAUUGUGAAGAAUCUUGUGCAAGUUUGCCAAAUAUCUCAAAUACCUCAGAACUGGGGUUUCAUCUUAUGGCUUCUUGUCUUUUUAGCUGAAUGUUCAGUGAAGGUAACGUGGUAUGGGUUGGUUUUUUAUUUUAUUUUAUUCUUUAAGCUUGUAUUUGCACUAUUUCAUAUUCAGGCUCCAAAGUUAACAGCCAGCAAAUAUUUGAACCAAACCGAGUCCAAAGAGGUCCUGAACGGGCAAGGUGAGAGAGGCAGGAAUGGGAGCAGCAGGAGCACGAGAGGGCAUCUCCCCAGCACUCCCAGAGUCACUGCUCAACCAAACUAUGCAAAAUGAUCUGCUCAUCAUCACCACAGGGUCUGAGCCCAGCUCCUGCCCAGGUCUCUGCAGGGACAGCAAAGUUCCUGCUGUGCUGGGGUGGGUCUGAGCAGGUCCUUGCAGCGCAGACCCCGCAGGCUGGGGGUGGCUCUGGCAGCACAGCACUGGCACGACCUGUUCAGAAGGGCUCUGAGUGUCCCAGGAGCUGCCCAGGGCUGGGCUGAUGCAGCCACCAAGGUUGGAGGCUGAGGCUUGCAAUAUGAACCAUGGAAAGCAGGGAAUGUGGCCUCCAACAGAGAACACUGUGUCCUUUGUUAGCACUUUGAGAGAGACAGCGCUUAGGAUAGGAUGGAGUUUUAUAUUGAUUUAUUUUAAAACUGCCCGAGCAGCUCCUUAUUUUUGUGUUAGGAAAUGGUUAACAGGGUACAGAGAGUUUAUUUUUGUUAGCAUUUGUUUACAGAAAAAGGGAAGUGUGUUUUAGCUGAGAAUUCUCAGCACUGUCGCAGUUUCCGUAUGGGAAGCUAGCUUUAAUCCAAAUUUGAGAUUUCAGUGAGAUCCCACAGUUUAAAUCACAUUCUGCCAAUUCCACUUGUUGCAUAUCUGGCCUUAAGUCUCAUUAAGAUCUCAUAUAGACUAGUUUCAAAUCCCUUGCUCUGGGUUUGAUAUGGUGUGUUGAAUACCUAUUCCAGUCCCAAGCUCUAAAAUUGUUGUCGUGGAAACUUAUGGAGAGGCAGUAUUGCUGUGAAGGAUGAUGAAUCUCUUGCCACAAAGAAAUAUUUUGGAUGUUGCUAAUGAAUGUUGUUUCAUCAAUUUAAGAAGAAUGUAACUAAUAUAUUUAUAUAUAAAUGUGUAUUGCAUAUGCUGUUUCCAUUUUAAUGUUUAACUGAGAAUCCUUCAGUAUACUUUCCUAUUGCCAUUUUUGUUCAUAAAAUAGAUUAAUUCCCUUUACCUGUUAAAAAUGUAAUAAAUCUGCCAUUGGACUACUUACUGAUUUUUUUUUUUCCUCCACUAGCAGUUACUUUUUAAUAAAUAUUUGGAACAUCA